CAGAAGCAGACGGUUCAGUGUUCUUUACGGUUGUUGUUUCAGGGGAAGAAAAUAAUCUGCACAGGAACGACACAAGAAAUCCCGGAACGUUUUGAAAUGGAAGAAGAGGGAAAUGAGACUCUAGGUUUCGUCUGUUCUGCAAAUGAACCUCCAUUCUCCCAGACAAUUUUGGAAAGCCUUGACAUAACAGGAAUAUUUCUCUUUGCCAUCAUGACUUUAAUGACACUGACCGCCAAUGUCGUAUUUGCGGAGGAAGUCUUCUACAUCUACCGGAAAAUCCCUCCUUCCAAAAGGUCAAUUUUCAUUUGGAUAAAUGCAGCUGCUCCAGUAAUAGCUACUACAUCAUGCAUUGGAAUGUGGAUUCCUCGCUCAACAAUGUUUACAGAUUUCACUGCUGCAGUGUUCUUUGCCAUUGUUAUCCACAAGUUCCUCCUCAUGAUGAUUAAGGAGUGUGGUGGUCAAAAACUAUUCCUUCGGAGCUUUGAAAAUGACAAAUUCAAGAUAAGCACGGGGCCUUGCUGUUGCUAUUGCCUUUGCCUACCUUAUAUACUCAUCAAUAGGAGAACACUGUUUUUACUGAAACUCGGGACAUUCCAAUUGGCUUUCCUUCGCCCUGUUCUAAUGUUUCUAUCAAUAGUGCUUUGGACCAAUGGAAACUACAGCCUUUCUGAUCUAUCUCCUAACGGAGCUGCCAUAUGGAUUAACUGCUUUGUAGGUGUUCUUACAAUCAUUGCCCUGUGGCCAGUUGGAAUUAUGUUUCAACGAGUUAGAGUUCUUCUCAACUGCAAGAAGAUUAUUCCUAAAUUUGCACUUUAUCAGUUUAUCCUCAUUCUGACCCAGCUGCAGGCAUCCAUCAUCAACAUACUGGCUAUGCAAGGGGUAAUUGCUUGUGCACCCCCACUGGCAUCUUCUGCACGAGGAGCAUAUAUGAACCAACAACUGCUCAUUAUGGAAAUGUUUCUCAUAACUUUGAUCUCACGGGUUGUCUACAGGAAAAGAUACGAUGACUUAGAGCUUCCAGGGUGCUCUGGCCAGGAAACCAAGCACAAUGACCAGGACAGCAAGACUGGGUUAGGAGCUGAUAUUAUUGGAAAGGAAAUGCCAGCCAUUUAG